CGCCCUUGCCUUCUGCUGUGUCCGUGACUGACUCGGCUGACCCUGCCCCACUCCCGGAGUGAUCACGUGCCUCCGCCGUGCUCCCGCGCUGGCCUCCUGUCGCCCCUGUUACGCCUGCGCCCGCCCGUGUGUGCCCGUGAACUCUGUGUCGCGACUCGCCUGUGUCUUCGGCCCUCCACGGGCGCUUUCCGCCCGCACCUCUGUGACCACUCCCGGACCUCUACCUAAUCUCACUUCUUUCUACUGAUCUUUCACUCCCACCCCUCUCACCCAAAGAUAGUUAGCACGACUCCCAUCAGUGAGUCUACCGGUCUACAGAACUAUCUCUUUCUUUCCAAACACCUUCUCUCGCCCUCUCUCUGUAAUACUGGUCUACGGGUCUACUGCCUACUCAUGUGCGCGUUGUGCGAGCCAGAGUCGGGAGAGAGUGGUUCCCACGUAUCGGACCCGCUGGUGGAAAGGAUGGAAAGACUGGAGCUUAGCAUUCUGUGUUCCUGUGCGCGUCAAAUACUUGUGUGCAUUGUGGGAGCCAGAAUCCGGGAGAGAGAUGAAGUUCCCUUUGUACGGAUUGCGGAUGUCGGAUUGCGGAGUCACAGAGUUUGUCACUUUCGUCGUGAUUGGCAUGUUGAAGACUUCGCGCAAUGGACGUAAUCGAGUGCUUGGUGGUCUACGGCGCACACAAGGUGGUGGUUAAUGUGGGAGGAGAGCGGAAGCGACCCGAUCUAAUUAGUAGCCUUGCGCAAAAAGAACUCUUUCAGGGAUUCGAUCUUAACACAAGCCACAUUCUGAUUUACCAUGCUGGCUUUGACACUGAUGUCGACAUGACCGAAGAUGUUGUUCUGGAGAACAGAGCACGCAUCAAGAUCAGGAUGGACGAGGCACAGUUCAGGGUCAUGGAUGUCGUCAAUCAGGAAGAACAUGGUCCAUCUAGAGCUCCGCUGAGGGACCUGUCGGAGUACAGGUUCCCCCAAGUUCCGCUGGACAUCAAGCAAUCAUUGGCAAAGCACAAGAAGGGACUCAACCUGAAAUCCAGGAAUCGCAUAAUUCAGUGGUUGUACCACGAUUUAUGCCAGUACACUCUGUAUCCAGACAAGCUGUAUGCAGAGGCUGCCAAGGGGCUUAUUAGAAAUUUCCCCGUCCUGGAGGACACCACAGGAACCAAAUGCGACUCUUGGCACGUUGCCUUGCGUUUCAAAGCAAAACGGGAGCGCAAGAAGCUCCGGGAUCAGGAGCGAGCUGCGGAAGAGGGCGAGGAAGAGGCACCAGCGCGACCGAAGCAGCAGAGGGUGCCGAGGACUCCUUGCCCAAAACGCGUGAUCAGGCCUGGCACGAAUGUGGUGCUCCCAGCGGAUGGAGAGGACAAAGAAAGCGUGGACGGCCAUGUGCUAGAAAUGCAAAGAGAACUCUGCAAAACCAGGCCCAACAUGGUUUAUGUGGCCGACGCCAUGGCGAGAACGUUCGCCUCACGGCGACUCUGGGUGACGACGGAGCACCCGACUGUCGCCGCUGUCCUCUCUAUGUACCCAGCGUAUCAGCUUGGUACCAUCCUGCAGCAGGAGUUCACUGCUGCUACAGGAAAAUCAAUCCAGGACAGCCUCACAGCGGCCCUGGCAAGGAGCAGCCUCCGGAUCCUGGAGGCUGCUAGAGGGAAACGCCAUCUCGGCGAAUUUUUUGAAGACCUGGACCGCAGGAUUGCCAUAGACGACGACGGUCCAUCUGAUGAAAUGUUGACCAAAGCCGCACUGUGUGCACUGCCAGCUCUGGUCAAGGAAAGGAGUGUGGCAUUCCUCCGGCCAAGUGACCCUGCAGAACUUCCAACAUAUCCAGCUGUGGGCUACGAAGGCAGCAGCAUCUAUGAUGCCACCUCACUUGUUGUGUCUGUUGAUGAGCUGCAAAUCGCAGAACCAACUCUUCUGGCUGCAGUGAGCACAAUGACUGCGCUGUAUUGGGCGUUGAAUAUGGAAUUUCCUCCAAAGGCGACCAGAACGUUUCAACUCUUGUCCCAUAUGAUAGGAGUUGACAGUGGGCUCGUGGCCAGCCCCCUUGUGCUGAUGGCAAUUGGCAUAAUCAAUGGCUAAGCUGGUGCUCAGUUUAUUUCAAGAAUACCUUCCACAUGCUUUUCCUGGGAUAUUGAAUAAAGCAACAAAAUGUGGUACAAAAAUGGGACGAGACAUCUUUCCAACUGGCAGCAAACACAUUUAUUGCUGGUCCAUCUACGACAACCAUCGCAGCGGAUACCCAAGGAGAUAGGGGAAAGGAGGGGAGGAUGAGGAGGAAGGAACAUGUUUGACCCACAGCUACCGCGGUAGCCGUGGCGACAGCCUGCUUCAGAAAGAUAGGUAAUGAUAGGCGGGG